CCCACGCCCCUCUUCCCUCUCCCGCACCCCUUCGGUCCCCACCCGAAGCCGCACGCCCCUCUCCCCAUACCCGGCUCCACGACUCCGCGCGUGCCUCCCGGUGCCCUCUCCCCGCGCCCCUCUGCCUCUCUCCGCUGCGCCCCAGCUCCCUGGGCACCUUGCCCCUCUCUGCUGGCCCCCCAGCCUCCUUGUCGCGUCACCCGCACCCCCUCCUCUACCCGCGGCCCCCGCUCCCUCCGCCCCCCUUCCCUCUCUCACUUCCCACGCCCCCUCUUCGCGCUCCUCUCUCCUCCCUUUGCCGCCCAGCGCCGGCUCCGGAGUUGGGGGAGAGCCCAGGGUUUCAGUCGCUUUGGAGGAGGCGUGAAUCGCGCAGGGAUUGACUAAUUGGGGGGUGGGGGGCGCGGUGGGCGAUGGAGCAGCCCGAGGACAUGGCGUCGCUGAGCGAGUUCGACUCCUUGGCGGGCAGCAUCCCGGCCACCAAGGUGGAGAUCACCGUGUCCUGCAGGAACCUUUUGGACAAAGACAUGUUUUCCAAGUCUGACCCACUAUGUGUCAUGUAUACUCAAGGGAUGGAGAACAAGCAGUGGCGGGAGUUCGGACGCACCGAAGUCAUUGACAACACACUCAAUCCCGACUUUGUGCGCAAAUUCAUUGUGGAUUACUUCUUUGAGGAGAAGCAGAACCUCCGUUUUGACCUAUACGACGUUGAUUCGAAGAGCCCUGACUUAUCCAAACACGAUUUCCUGGGCCAGGCCUUCUGCACCCUCGGAGAGAUCGUGGGGUCCCCUGGGAGCCGCCUGGAGAAGCCCCUCACGAUAGGAGCAUUCAGCCUGAAUUCCAGGACAGGCAAACCCAUGCCAGCGGUGUCCAAUGGUGGUGUCCCAGGAAAGAAAUGUGGCACCAUCAUCCUGUCCGCCGAGGAGCUGAGCAACUGUAGGGAUGUAGCCACAAUGCAGUUCUGUGCCAACAAGCUGGACAAAAAGGAUUUCUUUGGGAAGUCCGACCCCUUCUUGGUGUUCUACAGAAGCAAUGAGGAUGGAACGUUCACCAUCUGCCACAAGACCGAGGUCAUGAAGAACACCCUAAACCCAGUCUGGCAAACCUUCUCCAUUCCUGUGAGAGCGCUCUGCAAUGGUGACUAUGACCGGACCAUCAAGGUGGAGGUGUACGACUGGGAUCGGGAUGGCAGCCACGACUUCAUUGGAGAAUUCACCACCAGUUACCGGGAGCUGGCCCGCGGGCAGAGCCAGUUCAACAUCUACGAGGUGGUAAACCCGAAAAAGAAAAUGAAGAAAAAGAAAUACGUGAAUUCUGGCACCGUCACGCUGCUUUCCUUUGCUGUGGAGUCCGAGUGCACGUUUCUUGACUACAUCAAAGGAGGGACCCAGAUCAACUUCACAGUGGCCAUCGAUUUCACGGCCUCCAAUGGGAACCCGUCGCAGUCCACGUCCCUGCACUACAUGAGCCCCUACCAGCUGAACGCCUAUGCGCUGGCGCUGACUGCCGUCGGGGAGAUCAUCCAGCACUACGACAGUGACAAGAUGUUUCCCGCCCUUGGCUUCGGGGCCAAGCUGCCCCCUGACGGAAGGGUGUCCCAUGAGUUCCCGCUGAAUGGCAACCAGGAGAACCCCUCCUGCUGUGGCAUCGAUGGCAUCCUCGAGGCCUACCACCACAGCCUGCGCACCGUGCAGCUCUAUGGCCCCACCAACUUCGCCCCUGUGGUCACCCAUGUGGCCAGGACCGCGGCCGCAGUGCAGGAUGGCUCCCAGUACUCGGUGCUGCUCAUCAUCACAGAUGGGGUCAUCUCGGACAUGGCACAGACCAAGGAGGCUAUUGUCAAUGCUGCCAAACUCCCCAUGUCCAUCAUCAUCAUCGGCGUGGGCCAGGCAGAGUUCGACGCCAUGGUGGAGCUGGAUGGUGAUGACGUGCGGAUCUCCUCACGGGGGAAGCUGGCAGAGCGGGACAUUGUCCAGUUCGUGCCCUUCAGGGACUACGUGGACCGCACGGGCAACCACGUGCUGAGCAUGGCACGCCUGGCCCGCGAUGUGCUGGCCGAGAUCCCUGACCAGCUGGUGUCCUACAUGAAGGCACAGGGCAUCCGUCCGCGCCCCCCACCUGCGGCCCCAGAGCCCUCACCCCCACGGUCCCCAGCCCGCACCCCCCCUGCCUCCCCACUGCACACACACAUCUGA